AUGGUGCAAAAAUAUUACUGGGAUUCAGAGCAUCAUACAUUAAUGAAGACUCAGUGGACUAAACAACUUCAGAGGAUGAUCUCAAACAACAUCAUCAAGGGAAAGAGACUCAACAAAAAACCCAGCUUUGUCUCUGUCACCAAUUGGAACUUGAUCACUACAAAUUCAAAAAAUCGUAAAUCUGACCGUGGUGGAGAUGGUAUGCAUCAACAUAUUUCUGGUUCAAAAUCAUACGCCAAGGUCAAGUAUGAUAUGAUGAUGGAGCUUGGUGAGGAACCAGCAAUCACCGACUUAGUGCGUAAGACACACAUGAAAAUUGAUGGCACUUUCGUAGACAAACGUGCAAAGAAGAUUGUCGAAGAAGUUGAGUCCAUUGUUGUUUCACACUUUCCCAUUAACACUGAUGAUAAUGAGGCUGGCAGCCAAGGGUCCAACUCACCUAUUACACCUCUAAUGCGUGAUGAAGCUUUUUAUUCGAUAGUCAAGGCAUACAAAGGAAGGUUUUUUGGACUUGGAACUGCACAGAUGGGGCAUUAUGAUCCCAUUGAUCCACCAACCGUUGUUCUUCCUCGACAAGCUCGUUAUGAGAGAGAUCUGGUCAAUCUGACUGGAGUUGUCAACCUUAUGACCCAGCAGCUUACAGCUUUGUGUGAAGCCAGAGGAGUCCUAAUGACAUCAGUAAUUGGGACCGAGCAGCCACCUGAAGCGGCAGCCCCACACCCAGACAUCGCUAACUGA